AUGAAAUCGUUGUUGAGAUCCGCCGUAAUAUUGGUUUUGCCGGCGGUGUUAAUCGUCGGCGCGUUGGUGUACACGCGGUUCAUCGAAACUCCGGACAUUUUCUCCAGUGUUUCAUCAACCGAAACAAUCCUAAUUACCAAAUCAUACGAAACACCAAUAAAGCCCAUCAAUCAAAUUGAGCUUCCACUCAAUUGCAAUGGAUACAACCUCACCAAAACAUGUCCAUCUAACAAUUCUGAAAUUUCAUUCCACAAUCAAGCCCGUUCAUCCAACUCCACGUGUCCUGACUACUUCCGUUGGAUCCACGAAGAUUUAAGGCCAUGGGCCCACACAGGAAUAACAAGAGAAAUGGUAGAGAAAGCAAAACCAACGGCAAAUUUCAAAUUAGUGAUACUAAAAGGAAAAGUAUAUUUAGAAACAUAUGAGAAAGCUUUUCAAACAAGAGAUACUUUUACUCUAUGGGGUAUCCUACAGCUGUUAAGGAGGUACCCUAGAAUGUUACCUGAUUUGGAGCUUAUGUUUGAUUGUGUUGAUUGGCCUGUUGUUUCAAUUGGUCAAAAUAAUGUUGUUGACCCACCUCCACUCUUUCGAUACUGCGGUAACGAUGAUACAUUGGAUCUCGUCUUUCCUGAUUGGUCCUUCUGGGGAUGGGCUGAGGUUAAUGUAAAACCAUGGGAGAUUUUAUUAAGAGAGUUGAAAGAAGGCAACAAGAGGAUUUCAUGGGAUAAGAGAGAACCUUAUGCUUAUUGGAAAGGUAAUCCAAGUGUUGCUGAAACAAGACAAGAUCUCAUGACAUGUAAUGUUUCCGACAAACAAGAUUGGAAUGCUCGAUUAUAUGCUCAGGAUUGGGGACGAGAGUCACAAGAAGGGUACAAAAAAUCAGACUUGGCAAGUCAAUGCACUCAUAGAUAUAAGGUGUACAUUGAAGGGUCAGCUUGGUCAGUGAGUGAAAAGUACAUUCUAGCAUGUAAUUCUCCCACUUUACUUGUGAAACCUCAUUAUUAUGAUUUCUUCACGAGAGGGUUAAUUCCAGUGCAUCACUAUUGGCCCAUUAAAGAAGAUGAUAAAUGCAAGUCCAUUAAAUAUGCUGUGGAUUGGGGCAAUAGUCACACUGAAAAGGCACAAAAUAUUGGAAAAACAGCAAGUGAUUUCAUUCAACAAGAGUUGAAGAUGGAUUAUGUGUAUGACUAUAUGUUUCAUCUCUUAAAUUCCUAUGCUACGCUCUUUAGAUAUCAACCCUCUAUAAGUGAUAAAGCUGUUGAACUAUGUGUGGAAUCAAUGGUGUGUAAUGCACAAGGAACAGAAAAGAAAUUUAUGAUGGAAUCAUUGGUCAAGGGCCCUUCAAACACGGAUCCAUGCACCAUGCCUCCACCUUAUGAUCCUCCAUCUUUGCAAGCACAAAUAAGAAGAAAACAAAGUUUAAUUCAGCAAAUCGAAUCCAAGGAGAAGGGUUAUUGGAAGAAACAAAAUGUGAAAUCGUAA